AUGUCUCCUUCGAUGAAGGUGCCAUGGUCUGAUCACUACGCUCUGAAAGCCAGGAUUGACUUUCCACCCCCACCCUGCUUAGGUGGCGAGCCGAUUUGGGCUCGCCCACAGAGGCUGAUGGACCCUGAUAGAUUCCGCCAAGCCUUGCGGGACCUUGCUCCCCCUGGCGACUCAUUGACUGAGCUUGUUGAGGGCUGGAAUAUCCAGCUCCUGGCAGCCAUCGAUGAGAUCGCACCUAAGCGCCCUCUGCGACCCCGCAGAAACCGGGCUCCCUGGUUUACGGAAAAUGAAGUGGGACCUCAGACGGCUAGAGCGAGUAUGGCGGGGUGCCUGUGA